ACAUUCGAAAUUCACCAAUCUAAUCUAAUCUUCCCCUUGACAUCUUUCAAAUUCCCAAUUUCCCCAAAACCCUCAAUUUCCCAAUUUCCAAAUGGCAUCUGAAAACACAAAGCAUUUGAAGCAUGAACAAGACGACGAUGAAAAUGACGAAAAAUCCCUCAGCUCACUUCUUCAAAACAAGAACAAGAAACCCAAUGGCACCGGUUCUUUCCUUUCCAAAUCGCUUUCUUUAAAAGAUGCAAAGGCAAAGAAACAACCACCCAAGAUGAAGAAAGAAGACAGUGAUGAUGACGAUGAUUUUAUUAUCAGUCGAAAGAUCAAGAAAGAUGGACCCCCAACUGCUGAAACGAAGAAGACACCCAGUUCUAAGGUGAAGAAGGAGGAAGCUGGGAAUGAUAGCAUGAAGACACCCAACUCAGAGGUGAAGAAGGAAAAAUCUUUAACUUCUGAUAAGAAACAAAGGGAGAAAUCAAGUGAGCAAAAUGGGAAGAAGAAAGAAGAAAAGAAAAAGGUUGUUAAAGGGUCGGAUUCAAGUGUUAAGAAGGAAAAGAAAGAAAGGAAAGUGUACGAUUUGCCUGGUCAAAAGCGUGAUCCCCCGGAAGAGAGAGACCCGUUAAGGAUUUUCUAUGAAAGCUUAUACUCACAAAUACCAACUAGUGAGAUGGCUGCAAUCUGGAUGAUGGAAUCUGGUUUGCUUCACAAAGAUGUGGCGAAGAAGUUAUUCGAGGCAAAACGCAAGAAAGCUCAACAACAAAAACUUGGGUCACCGAUGAAGACGGUUGUUACUGUGAAGAAACAAAGCGAUUCUUCAUCGGUUACAGUCAAGAAACAAAGUGAUUCUUCAUCGGUUACAGUCAAGAAAAAGAUUGUUUCGACAGAAAAGAAGAAAACGCCUACACCCCCUUCUAAAGCUCCGACUACACAAUCGAAAAAACGAAAGAUUGUGGAUGACAGUGAUGGAUCAAGUGAUGAAGGAUCUGAUGAUGAUUUUGUUAUUAGUCGAAAGAUUAAGAAACCAAAAGCCGCUUAAUUCGUGUUUUGGAUUUCGGUCAACUCAGAAACUUGGUAGUGUUUGUAUCUGUAUUUGAUGAUGAUAUUUUUCAAUCUUUUAGUUGGAGUUGCAUUUGGUGAACCUGCUUUCUUAUAACUGUGAGUUAAUUAUUAACCAUCUAUGUGGUUUGCAAAAA